AUGGAAGAAACCGAUCAAGAUACCAAAACUGCUACGCGCAAGCAGAUCCAGGAGCUUAAGCAAUGGCUAGAGUCAACGGAUUCGGACUCUCCAGCAAGUGAAUAUCGAAAGCAUCUCCACUCUCAUGCAAAUGGCACUGGCGAAUGGAUCCUCGAGACUCAUCAAUAUCGGCAAUGGAGCGAGUCAGACUCCGUUGGAAGUCUCUGGAUUAGAGGUAUUCCUGGAUGUGGAAAAUCAGUUGUUGCAGCGAAUUUGAUCAGUCGCCUCCAGCAAAAGGACGACGGGAUUGUCCUCUUCUUCUUUUUCCGAGAAAUUAUCCAAGCAAACAGGUCACCACGGUCGCUUGUCCAGGAUUUUUGCCACCGCUUAGUGGAUCAUUCUCCAAUGCUUACUUCUGAUCUAUUGACCCUCAAGGAAACUUAUCCAACCGUUGGAGCUAUUCCAUUGGACGCGAUUUGGAAAUGCUUGAAGUCUGGUUUGACCUCAAUGAAGCGCAAGAUACACUGCGUUGCCGACGCACUGGAUGAAAUGGAGAGAGGAAAUGACCGGUUCCUGGAGAAUCUCCUUGAUUUGGGUCGAGAUAACCCCCAGUCAGUCAAUAUCAUCGUUACCAGUCGUCAGGUUCCUCAUUUGGAACGGUUUAUGAAAGGAAGUUACUUGGUUGACUUGCGACUUGAUCGACAAAAUGUUGACCGUGACAUUUCCACAUACCUCGCCCAGCGUUUGGAAGCAUGCGAACUUGACAUAGAAGAGGAUACGGCAGCAGCAAUAAAAAAAGCAAUAUGCGACCGAGGGAAUGUUUUGUUUCUCUAUGCGCGACUCAUGUUCGACCAAUUGCUGCUCUGCCCCGAAGACAUUCUCUCAAAAAUCGACGAUCUUCCGGAGGGGCUGGGAGAUAUGUAUAUCGACAUUCUUCAUGAACACGCCGCGCGAUCUGGAACCAGCCCAUAUUUUCAGAGGCUCGUUCUAGAAUGGAUCACUCAUUCCGCUCGUCCAAUGCGUCUACUCGAGCUUUCUGUCAUGAUCGACUCCCUGCCAGAUCGCGGUGGGCUGAACCCAGAAUCUAAUACAAAAGUCGCUAUCAAGACAACCUGCGGUCCGCUUCUGGAAGUCUACGAGGAUGGUGUCAUUCAAAUAAUUCAUCAUUCCCUUACAGAGUUCGCUCUCAAUCGAGAUGUUAGUCACACAAGAACGACAAAAGACAAGCCGGGAUUUGCAGCAAUGGACUCACCAACCAUUCACGCAAAUAUUGCUCGGAUCUGUUUGAAUUACUUCGCAGGCGGUCCCUUGAAAGAUUGGGAUAUUAGUCCACGUUAUGUCGGAUAUUCUUCGUCAUUCCACGCAGAGAAGCAACAACGAUUCUUGCAAUUCUAUUUUCUUCAAUAUGCUCUCUCUGAGUGGUCCUUCCAUGCAUCUCGGGCUUCUGAACUGGAUAGAGAGUUUCACAGCCAAAUUAUCGAUUUCUUCGAAACGAGAUCUGACGCAUAUAAAGCAUGGAAACUCAUUGGAGGGCCUUUUGAAUUUAGAUGGUCUACUGGAGAUGUUCUACCGCUUCUUAUAGCCGCCUGUAUUGGUCUUAUCCCACUGGCAAAGCACCUGCUAUGUAGCGGAGCGGAGGUUAAUGUUGUCACAGGAGAUCACGGGCCUCCUCUGAUAUAUGCCGUGCAAUACGGAAAUCACCGGAUGGUUGAUCUCUUACUGAAGCAUGGAGCUUGUCACGACAUUGGAAGUCAUGAUUUAAUGCUACCUGUGCACUAUGCUGCAAUAUUCAAUCGUGCCAAGUGCAUGAGAAUACUUGUUGCGCAUGGAGCAGACAUAAAAAGGAGAGGAGGCACACACAGAUAUGACAUUAUGACCCCAGAAACCCCGCUGGCCAUUGCGUGCAAACUAGGCCACCGAGAAAUUGUGCAAUCUUUGAUAGAAAGCAUGGACCAGGCUGACCUGUGCAAUAGCCUGCAUCUUGCUGCUGCCAAUGGAGAGUUCGAGAUAGUGGCUUCCCUGUUGCAAAAUCAUGAAGUCAAGCUUAAUAUCAAUAGCCGAAAUAUCGAUGGCGAGACAGCUCUCCAUGUGGCAGCUCGUGUGCGUUGUCCAAAUACAGUGAGGAUUUUACUUGAAAAUGGCGCAGCGAUUGAUGCCAGGGCUCCCUAUAGGCCGAAACAAGGAUCCUUACCAGACUUCCGAGGUCCGAUUAUGUCUUCGAGCUAUAUACCUAUCUUUUCAUGGGCGACUGGCGCAUCUUUCCUUUCGAUGGAGAAAUUGAGACAGAACGACAUGUUCGGUGCGCUAGAUGUGCUUCUUGAGGCUGGUAGCGAUAUCAAUGCACGCGACCAUCUUGGUCGAACACCACUCUUUUCUUGGGAACAAAAUACAACAACCGAGCAGGAUGAAAGUUCCAAGCUUGAAUUCAUAAAGUCGCUCCUCAAACGUGGUGCUGAUGCUACGAUUUUGGAUUACCAAGGUUCUUCGGCUCUCCACAUGAGCAACGGGAAAAUAACUCUGAAAAUCCUGAAAGUUUUCGUCGACGCAGGUUUGGACUUGAAUUAUGCUCGCAGAACUGAUGGAAUGACCCCACUAAUGAUAGCGGCAAAAUUCAAUCCCAUCGAUCCUGUAGAGUGGCAUGAUCUGAAAGCUGACUUCGACAAGCAGGACUGGUCCGGAAAUACGGCUUUUCAUCACCACGUGGGGAGAUCGGAGUCUCGGGUUCCAAAAUGGCUAGAUUUAUGGAUCUCAUGCUCAAACUUGCAUAUUCAAAAUCAUCUCGGAAUGACACCAUUUCAUGCCGUGCUGUAUGAUGACGGAAGGACUUCCCACCCAGAAUUUUGCAAUAAAGCCUCAAUAGCCAUGCUCCACGGUGGAUCAAAUGUCAAGCUUCGAGAUAAUACCGGCCGGACACCUCUCCAUUUUGCUUUGUGGCACAAAUAUGGCAACGAAAUUCCGUUGAAGCUCAUCGAUGAGAUUUUGAAAAAAGGUGCAGACAUCGAUGCUCGAGACAUCAAAGGACGAUCAGGUACUUUUUCUACGAGAUUCCCCAAAUUCAGCUAUCGCUUACUUUUUCAGUCCUUCAUUAUGCUUUUGAUUAUCGGAGUGUAG